UCUCAGUCUUUUUCUCUGUGUUACGAUGCGAGUGUGCGGACGGGGGUCGCGGUCGCGCGUUGCCAUCUUCCUGCUCGCGCUCGCGCUCAUUGCAGUCGCGUCGUUCACGCUGCCAUCACUGCGCGAUGACGCCGAGACUGGUCCCCGCGGCGCUCUCCCGGACGCCGUCCCAGCGCCAGCCGACAAGCAGGCGCGAGUGCCGCACGAGAGGAAACCAAUGACAAGAAACCACUUGAGACAAGUGGAAGUCAACCGCGCAAAUGCAAACCAACCACCAGUCCCGGUGAAGCGCCAGCCAGUCCUGCAGGAAGAAGAGCACGAAGAGCUCCGACAACCCGAGCCUGAACUGCUCAGAAAACCAAUCAUCGCUCACAAGCCAAUGCAAUCCGUUUCAAAUGAUGGCUGUGCGUUUAUCGCGCCCUCCACAGCAGACCAUGAGAUGCGAGACUUCAUCGAGUCCAUGCCAUUUGACAAUCUCGACGGCGGUGUUUGGAAGCAAGGCUGGGAUGUGCAGUAUGCUGCUUCGGAAGUCCAGACCCGCAAGCUGGACAUUUACGUCGUUCCUCACUCGCACAAUGACCCCGGUUGGAUUAAAACGUUCGAUGCCUACUACUCUCAGCAAACAAAGUCCAUCCUGGAUACUGUCGUGAACAUGCUGUCGCAGAACUCAAAGCGAAAGUUCAUCUGGGCGGAAAUGUCGUACUUGCAACGAUGGUGGGACGAGCAGACUUCUGAUCGCCGAGAGUUGACACGCCGACUGGUCGACAACGGACAACUGGAAAUCGUCACUGGCGGCUGGGUCAUGAGUGACGAAGCAAACGCGUAUUACUAUGCCAUGAUCGACCAGCUGAUCGAAGGCCACGAGUGGCUCGCCUCCACGCUCGGCGUCACUCCAAAGUCUGGCUGGUCCAUCGACCCGUUCGGCCAGUCCUCGGCCAUGCCGUACUUUUUGCGCCGCACUGGCUUUGAGUCAAUGCUCAUCCAGCGCACGCACUAUUCUGUGAAAAAGUACCUAGCGCGCAACCGAGGCUUGGAGUUUAUGUGGCGCCAAGAGUGGGAUGCGGAGGGCACCACUGAUAUCCUGACGCACAUGAUGCCAUUCUACAGCUACGACAUUCCCCACACCUGUGGACCCGAGCCGGCCGUGUGCUGCCAGUUCGAUUUUGCCCGCCUGCCCGGUCAGCGAUUCUCCUGCCCGUGGAACAUUCCGCCGCAAGUCAUCUCCACGGGCAACGUGAAGCAACGUGCGCAGAUGCUCGUCGACCAGUACCGCAAGAAGGCGCAGCUCUACAAGUCCGACGUCGUGUUUGUCCCGCUCGGUGACGACUUUCGAUGGCAGGGCGACCAGGAGGCGCUUGCGCAGUACGAAAACUAUGAGCGACUCUUCAAAGAGCUGAACGGCGACAGCAAGUACAACGUCCGCAUCCAGUGGGGCACUCUGAGUGACUACUUUGGCGCUCUUCGCGAAUCCCUCGGCACGGCCGGCUCUGCAGCCCCGCCCAGCGAAUUUGCACUCGCUGCGUACGGUCAGCCUCACCAGUAUGCCACGCCGACCGGCAUCCAAUCCAUGACGGGUGACUUUUUCACCUACGCCGAUCGCGACGACCACUACUGGUCGGGCUACUUUACGACGCGCGCCUUCUACAAGCGCGCCGACCGCGUGCUCGAGUACACACUGCGCUCUGCUGAAAUCAUGCUGUCCGUGGCACGUGCGGAGGCGCUGACGCUCGGCGUUUCUAUUGCGCCCUUCCUGCAGACCAUGUAUCCGGCCGUUGUGACGGCGCGUCGCAAUCUCGGUCUUUACCAGCACCACGAUGGUGUCACGGGCACUGCGAAAGAUGAAGUCGUGAUCGACUAUGGUGCACGAAUGCACUCGUCGAUCGGUGUCAUGCAGACGCUCAUGCGCGACCUUUCCGAGUUUUUGCUGGCGACUGACAAGCACGCUGCUGCGGCACUCCUGGCGUCAGGUCCCCGCCGAUCUCUCAACGAUGCAGCCCUGUCCAACCAGGCGAACGACCACCUUGUGUUGCAUCUCGGAGAGUCAGCGGCCGUCCACAACGCACUCCCGACCCAAGAGGUGCUCAAAACACGCCCAGCCAGCGCCAGCUGGAGCGCCGGUGCGGCAGAACCCACAAGGAAUGCCAAUGCACGCGCCGUCGUCUUGUACAACUCGCUUGGCCAGUCUCGCGCGCAAACAAUCAUUCUGACGGUGGCCACAUCCACCUCCUCGAGCAAUGGUGGUGUGCGUGGCACGCACGCGCCGAUCUGCGUGACUGACUCUGACGGUACCUCCGUGCUCGCUCAGACUGGACCGCUCUUUGACAGGAAUGGCGAAAUCGUGCCAUCCACCUUCUCGCUCGCGUUUGAGGCGCAAAUCCCCGCUGUCGGAUUGGCCACGUACUUUGUCCACGAGGUCGCCUCGGACGACACGCGCUGCACGCGUGCCGAGCCAGCGACUGUGCAGCUCUUCAACGCGCUGCAACUCGGAUCCAAUCCGGUCACCCAAGACCACGGUGCGUUCAAGGUCACGCAGCUCAGCUCUGGCCCCUCGAGCGGCAUUGUUUUGGAAAACUCUGAACUGCGCGUGACCAUCGAGCCCGCCGACGGCAUGAUCCAAAAGGCUGUGCACAAGAACUCUGGCAAGGAGGUCUUGUUGAAUGAAAACUACCUCAAGUACUCGACCUACCGAAGCGGCGCCUACUUGUUCCUGCCCAACGGCCCGGCAGCUUCCUUUGUGAGCCAGCAACGGCCGAGCAUUCGCACAAUCACGGGCCCGCUGCUCCACGAAGCCCACGUUGUCGUGCCGACAGGUCGCCUGACGCGUGUCGCUCGCCUCUAUUUGGCGCCGUCCCUCCCUCAUGCUGUCGAGCGGUCUGUCAUCGAAACUCGCAUCGUCCUGGAUAUCACUGCAGACAACAACAAGGAGACGAUUGUCCGCUUCUCAACGUCCGUGCGCAACGGUCCGAUCUUUUUCACCGACCUCAACGGCUUCCAGAUGAUUCGCCGAAAGACGCAGAGCAAGCUGCCUCUGCAAGGCAACUACUACCCGAUGCCGUCUCUGGCCUUCUUGGAAGACGAGAGCAUUCGCUUCUCUGUUCACUCGCGCCAGGCAUUGGGCUGCGCCAGCCUCAAGGAAGGCACGUUUGAGAUGAUGCUCGAUCGCCGACUCUCGCAGGACGACGAACGCGGUCUUGGACAAGGCAUCCACGACAACCACGAGAACGAGCUCUUGUUCCACUUGACGCUGGAGGAUUUCGAAUCGCCUCACGCGCGUGGCGAAAGCACGGGCGUCUACUUUGAGGCGCCCUCGCUCUUGUCGCAUUUGGCCCGCGAAGAGUUGAACGAGCCGCCGAUCGUGUUUUUGGCUGCACAUCUCGCUCCCAAGGAAGCCGCACGUCUAUCGUGGGCACCCUACUCAGCGCUCUCUUCGCCGCUGCCGUGCGAUGUUCAUUUGGUCAAUCUCCGCUCGCUCUCCAACCGCGAUCAAGUGGCGGCUGGCCUCAUUGUGCAGCGCCGUGGUCGGGACUGCUCCCUGCGACAGCCUGAUGCCGUUUUCGGGCUGUGCGGUGGUCAAGACCUUGGCAGCAUCACUCCCUACUCGCUUCUUGCCUUUGCCCAACCAAAGGAUGUGACGCAGCACACCCUGACGUUGAUGCACCCAAUUGGACAGGUUGCUCGUACCUCUCCUGUUGUCUUGAGUCCAAUGGAGCUGUAUUCCUAUGUCGUGACGUUUUAGUGUGGGUGUUUUUUUGGCGUGUGCAUGUUUUGGUUUCCGAGGUUGUUUGAACAUUAACGAAAAAAAAUACAAUGAUACAAAUGUA